AUGCCUCAGGAUAUGCCCCCAGCGGGGGGCUACGCUCAAGUCCAGUACAAGCGGAACCUCCCUGCCCGCGGCUUCAAGCCCGCCUACUACAUGAUUGGCAUGCACGUUAUCAUGGUCUACGGUUUCUACAAGUACUUCCACGGUGUCCGUGAGCAGCGUGAGCUGGCCCGUGAGAAGAUGUGGUCUCGUCUGCACCUCACUCCGCUCCUCCAGGCAGAGGAGGACCGCGACCAGGUCCGUCGGCACUACGCCGACAAGGCGCGCGAGAAGGAGCUUCUUGGUACCAAUUCCAAGGUCUACAACUCCGACCGCUUUAUCCGCCCUACCUUCGCCUAUACCCCCUCCAGUCUCACUCAAUAG